AUGACCGUUCUCGUGCCCUACAGCCGCGUGCUGUCAAAACAGCUCCCGAUCCGGUCAGGCCUUCUCACGCGACUGAUCUCGACAAACUCGAAUUUACGCGUCGCUCCCUGUCAACAUGAUGGAAAGCCGUCUGAAUCAACUCAUACCACGUCGAGUAGCGUGACCGCUGUCUUGCGAUCACGGAGAACCUAUGCUACCGCCGCCCCUGGCAGACCAAAGGCCCACACCGGUCGCGCGACUGCCUCCAAGCGCACAACUACCACCAAGAAGGCCACCGGCCCUCCAAAGAAAUUGCCUGGGACGAAGAAAGCAGCGUCGAAGAAGAGAGUAGUAACGAAGAAGACUGCCAAGAAGGCAAAGGCGAAACCGAAGCCGAAGCCACGGAAAGUCAAGAAAGCACCCUCUGCGAGUGCGAUCAAGGCCAAAGCAGCCGCCGCCAGAAAAGACACCAGAGCCGUCGCACUCCUCAACCAAGCACCAAAGCAAGAGCCCGAGGUGGCUUUCCUUGUCCUCUCCACUCGCCGAUCCAGGGCAGCCGCAAAGGGUACACCAGUGACCAGUACCGUCAAAGAGAGCGCAGCUGCUUACAAGAACCUCUCUCCUGACGAGCGCGAGGCACUCAACCACGAAGCGAACCAAAAUAAGGAGAAGAACGCCACUGCCUACAAGAAAUGGGUCCAGUCUUAUACUCCCCUUCAAAUCAAGCAAGCAAACCUGGCCCGAGCACAGCUAUUGAGGGAAGCCAAAGCCAAGAAGCAGAAGUCUCUGGCUCCUUAUCGAGCCAUCAAGGACGACCGUCAACCCAAACUUCCAGCCAGUCCGUGGGCGUUGUUCGUCGCCGACAGAACCCAGACUGGUGACUACAAGGGCAUGACGCCCAAAGAGUCAUUCCAGUUGAUGUCAAGAGAGUAUAAGGGUCUCAGUGCUGGGGAGAAGAAGCCAUACGAGGACCGCUCUGCAAGCGAGAAGAAUAGAUACGCAGCUGAGUUCAGGACGGUGUUCGGCGUUGCGCCUGGUACACGAAUCGCUGCAAUUGCUUCCUGA